AUGAAAGUUAUUAUUAUAGGAGGUGGAAUUGGGGGAUUGGCGUUGGCUCAAGGCUUAAAAUCAAAUGGUAUAGCGUUCCAUAUUUUUGAGCGUGAUUCUAAUUUGAAAGAACGACAGCAAGGUUAUCGCCUCAGAAUCUCUUCCAAUGGGAGACAAGCAUUAAGGAGGCUUCUAAAUCAGUCUUCAUGGAAUUUACUCUUGGAUACUUCGGCUCAGUUGGAUGAUAUAGGGUUUUGGAAGAUAAGCGCUAUUGAAGGAAACGAAGAAGAAGGAAAGUUAGUUCGACCAGAUAAAGUUAAUUCUGAACUUGAAAAAGAAAAGUCAUUGAAAGUUGAUCGAGAAAUAUUUCGAAACGUUGUUUUGAUGAAUGGUAUCUCUUCCGAUGAAAUUACUUUCGGUAAAGAGUUUCUUAACUAUACUAGAUUGCCUGAUGGGCAAAUACAGUGUUUUUUUAAAGAUAACUCUUCCGUUACAGCUAAUUUUCUAAUCGGUGCAGAUGGUGGUAAGUCGAAAGUUGCUGCUCAGUAUUUGCCAAUAGAGAAGAUUGAUACAGGAAUUAGAGCUAUAUAUGGGAAGACAAUGUUCUACUCUUCUUUCCAAGCCGCACUAAAUCCUAAAUUGAAUCAGAAAAUGUCUAUUUCAACUGAAGUCCAAGGUGAUGGCACCAAGUUAGUUCUAUUUUCUGAACCAGUCUAUUUCAAUAAGUUGAAUUUAAUCAAACAUCAUUGUAGUACUGAUGAUUACCUAUACUGGGUUUUUCUCAGCAAGGUGAAAACAUUUGACUCUGCUUUUGGGGAGGGAUUCAAUCAAUCAAAUUCUCUGUUUGGGGAAGCAUUACUAAAAUUAACCGGAAGGUGGAUGCCAGACCUCCGUUCGGUACUCGAGCACCAAGUACGAAAUGAUACUGGUUUAAUGAAGGUUUCAAGCGUAGAUCCUCAAAAAUUAAGGAAUUUAAGAUGGCAGCCAUCUCAGAUUGUGUUACUAGGCGAUGCUAUUCAUCUUAUGUCUCCUGCUAGCGGUUCUGGAGCCAAUUUAGCAUUGGAAGAUGCUAGUCAUAUCUUAGAUGCUUUUAUCCAUGGAAAGAAUGAUAUCGAUGCAGUGAUUGACAAGAUAGGCGUCUACGAGAGUAAAAUGAGAGAGUAUGCAAGUCAAACCAUUGCUAUUAAUUCUGAAGUUGGAGCCAAAAUGUUUGGUCAAGAAAAGUUCACACUAGACGUAUGA